AUGGAGGAGUCAUCGAUGCCCCCCAUUGACCCGGAUUUCGAGCCGCAGAGCAGACCUCGCUCCUGCACGUGGCCGCUCCCGAGACCCGACAUCUCGGUUGUCAAACAGGAGGGGGCGGACGGCUCCGAGUCGGCCGCCGGGACCCCGCCCGCCGACGAGGACAAGCCCGAGCCGCAGCCAAUCACGUCCGAGACCGACAGAGCGGCGUCCGCGGCGGGGGGGGCAGCGGCGGCGGGCGGGGUCGUGUCCGGCGUGGGCGGGGCCAGCGCCACGCCGCGCAAAGGCUCCUCCAGACGGAACGCGUGGGGGAACCAGAGCUACGCAGACCUGAUAAGCCAGGCCAUCGAGAACUCCCCCGAGAAGAGGCUGACCCUGGCCCAGAUCUACGAGUGGAUGGUCAAAACGGUGCCUUACUUCCGAGAUAAAGGGGACAGCAACAGCUCUGCCGGCUGGAAGAAUUCCAUUCGCCACAAUUUAUCACUCCACAACAAGUUCCUGAGAGUCCACAAUGAAUCGACCGGGAAGAGCUCCUGGUGGAUGCUCAACCCCGAGGGGGGGAAGACGGGGAAGGCCCCCCGCCGCCGCGCCGCCUCCAUGGACAACAGCAGCAAGCUGCUGAAGAGCCGCAUGCGGGCCAAGCAGACCAAGAAGGCGGCGGGGGCCGGGGGCGCCGGCGGGGGGGCCGGCGGCGGGGGCGAGGGCGGCGGCGCCGGGGCGGCGGGCGCCGACAGCCCCAACUCCUCUCAGCAGUUUCCCAAAUGGGGGGUGAACAGCAGCAGCCCCUCGUCCCGGGGCAGCCUGGACGACGCCGACAUGUGGACCACCUUCCGCCCGCGCACCAGCUCCAACGCCAGCACGCUGAGCGGGCGCCUGUCCCCCAUCGCGCCGGGCCAGGAGGACGACGACAACCUGCCCGACGACGCGCUGCUGGGCAGGUACGCCGCCAGCAGCCUGACGCCCACCCUCACCGAGACGCUGAUGGAGGAGCUGGACCUCAUCGACAACCUGACCCUGAUGACGGGUCAGCAGGGCGGGGCCAGCCCCAGCACCGCCCCGCCGGCGCCGCCCACGCCGCUGCCCUCCGCCGCCACCCUGCUGCCGCGGGGCUCCGGCUUCGCCCCCUUCCACCAGCUGCAGGCCCCCGCCGCCCACGCCGGGCCCCCGGCCCCCGCCUCCCUGUGCAGCAAAGAGCCCGCCUCCUUCGGCAACUCCCUCUUCAACCACAUGGGCGGCGGCUCCGGCUCCCGCGGCGGCCAUUUUGGCGGCCACGUGCCGUCCAGCCUGGAGGCGCUGCUCACCUCCGACUCCCCUCCCCCGAGCGACAUUCUGAUGACUCAGGUGGACUCGCUCAUGCCCGGCCCGGGAGGCGUGGGCCAGAUGGGGCUGGGCUCGGCCGCCACCGUGGGCGCCAGGCCCAAACCCAACCAGCUGCUGCUGGGCAAGAGGCUGGAGCCCAACGCCGUGGCGCCCAUGGCGCUGCAGCAGCAGCACCACCUCCACCCCCACCACAACCACCACCCCCACCACCAGCAGCAGCACCAGCAGCAGCACCCUCCCAUCAACUUGGGGAUGCUCCUCCCCUCUAUGAGCCAGGACCCCCCCCAGCUGGCCGCCCUCAAAGAGCAGCACGCCGCCGGGCCGGCCGGGGGCUCGCACCACGCGGGGAUGAGCCCGUUCGGAGCGCCGUCCUGCUUCUCCACCGGUCAGGACCGGCUCCCCACGGACCUGGACAUCGACAUGUUCACCGAGAACCUGGACUGCGACGUGGACUACAUUAUCAACAGUGACCUCAUGGACGGAGACGCCAUCGAUUUCAACUUCGAAACCAUACUGCCUGGAAAUCAAAGCUACGGCGGGCCGGCCACCACAAAGGGCUCCGCCCACAACUGGGUGCCCAGCUAA